CAAAAAUCACGCAACCCCGCGUCAAUUACUUCGUGGUGGCGAGCCAAGCCGCCUAUGCAUGUGGCCACAGUCUUGUGGCUGCUACCUUUGAUUGCAGACUGCCAUUGGCAAAUUCAGCGGCGUAGUCAGAGCGUCAAGAAGGAAUGGAACCAGUCCAGCACUGAAAGAUUGACUGCCAAUUCGUUGUCCACGGAAGGUAGAUCAUUUGAGCACGAAGUCAGGAACAUCACAGACAACAGCUCCUUGCCAAACUCUUCAUGGUCCAGCACUUGGCGUUGUUCACCUAAGGGGCCGAGUUGGUUGCUCCUCCAGGCAGUGCGCCUGGGCAUCCUUGAAAGCAAGCAACCUGGUGAAGGUCCUGCAGAUCCAUGCUUUGUUGGUUUUACCAAAUUCUUCUGGGCAACUCUUCUAGCAGUGACGACGCUCGUUGGCAUUUGCCUGCUAGUUCCAGUCAUGCUGGAGAUAACAAGGAGGCGACCACCUGGCGUCCCGCUGGUUCUGUUUGGAAUCACUUUUGACUGCGAGCCAAAGCCGCACGCGGAUUCUCAUGAUUUCUAUAGCAUGAAGCCGCCGGAGUCAGUGUCUCCUUUGGCGCGUCAGAAGUGAUUUAGACAUCCGGUGAACAUCUGGGUUUGUCUGAAAAUAAGGUACCC